GCUGUCGCUGUGGUGUAGGCUAGCAACUACUGUUCUGAUUCAAUCCCUAGCCUCGGAACCUCCAUAUGCCUCGGGUGCAGCCCUAAAAAGACAAAACAAACAAACAAAAAGUCAACAGGAGGCAUUUCUACUCCAGUAUUUCCAAUGUUUUUAAAAAAGCCUAGGUUAAAAGCCUUGUUCUUCCCAUUUACUGUGUGUCAUUUGGAUAAGAUUUUAAAAAAUCUUUUUAGCCUGGUUCCCAUCUGUUAAGAUAGGGAUCUUAUAAAGAAAAACUUAUGUAAAACACAAGAGCCUGGAAAAAAAUUCCUUUAAAUCACUUUAUCUUCAUUAGGUUGUUUUAAAAUUUCUCAAGUUAAAUUAGUAUGGCACCAUAUGUUUAUUGCAGGGAUAAAUUCCUGUGCUAUCCAUAGAUAAUCCCCACUUUUUAAGUCCUUUUGUGUUUUCUCCUGAAGGUUACUCAAGAGAAGAAGAGCAAAAAUGGGAAACUACACAGUAGUAACAGAGUUUAUCCUCCUGGGACUGUCAGAUGACCCACAGCUUCAGGUUGUGGUCUCUGUCUUUCUGCUCAUCACCUACCUGCUCAGCAUCACUGGGAACCUGACCAUCAUCACCCUGACCCUGCUGGAUCCCCACCUCCAGACCCCCAUGUAUUUCUUCCUCAGAAACUUCUCCUUACUAGAGGUGUCAUUCACAACUGUCACUAUACCCAGGUUCCUGAGCACCAUUAUUACAGGAGAUAAAACCAUUUCCUUUAAUGAUUGCAUGGCUCAGUUAUUUUUUUUAAUUCUUUUAGGAGUCGCUGAAUUUUACCUUUUGGCCGCCAUGUCCUAUGACCGUUAUGUCGCCAUCUGCAAACCUCUGCAUUACUUGGCCAUCAUGAAUCCUAGACUCUGCAUAUUGCUGGUCUUUGCUUCUUGGCUGGCUUCAUUCUUAAUCAUAUUCCCAUUACUCAUGCUGUUCAUUCAACUUGAUUACUGUAAGUCCAAUGCUGUGGACCAUUUUACUUGUGAUUAUUUCCCCUUAUUACACCUUUCCUGUUCAGACACCACAUUCCUAGAGAUGGUGGGUUUUUCCUGUGCUGUGUUUAUUCUAUUGUUCACGUUGGCAUUAAUAAUUCUGUCCUACAUAUAUAUCAUCAGAACGAUUGUGAGAAUUCCUUCUACUAGUCAGAGGACAAAGGCCUUUUCCACGUGUUCUUCCCACAUGAUUGUCAUCUCCAUCUCUUAUGGCAGCUGCAUUUUUAUGUACAUUAAACCCUCAGCAAAAGACAGGGUGUCUCUGAGCAAGGGAGUGGCCGUGCUAAACACCUCAGUAGCCCCCAUGCUGAACCCUUUUAUUUAUAGCCUAAGGAAUCAGCAGGUCAAGAGAGCCUUCAUGGACUUGGCAAGGAAGGUUGCAUUUUUCUCCAGGAAAUGAAAAAAUAAAAGAGCUGUUUCAUAUUUUAGAGGCAUAAUGAAGAGCAGUUAAAUGAAAAUUUGGGCUUUCAAAAUACUUUAAUUUCCACAUAGUCUCCUAGAGUUAUUUUUCAUUGCUUAUAUUUUAUUGCCAGCAGGUUCCCAAGGAUAUUUGCAUAUAUCUUUUUUCCCCAUUCUAAUUCUAAUUCUUCUCAUAUAAGUUAUUUUUUAUUUUAUUUCCAUUCAAAUUCCCUUCCUUCUCUCACACACUUUCCUUCUUUGGGCUGGUCUUUCCAGUCUGUAACUGUGAGACUGGCCUCAUUUCCUUCUCUGAAACUUUUUUGAAUG